AACAGUGGUGGGAAAAAAGUAAGAAAAAGGACAACCGGAGAACAUGAAGCAUAUCUUUCAAAACAUCAGAGGACACGUCACAAUCUACGAUUAAAAAAUAAUAAAAAAUAUCCUAAUUAUGAAAUUGAAUACAGCAGCGACGAAACAAUGGAAAUUAAGGAAGAAAUGAUGGAUUUUGAUCGAAAAAUUGAUAAAACUUUAGAAAUCAAGAAAGAAAUUUUUGAAGAUCAAGAUACUACAGGUCAAAAACUUAAUAAAAAGCAUAAUUCAGAACUGUACACUGUGGAUAUAAAAGAAACUAAUAAUGUGGCUGUUGAUGACAAAUUGUUGAAUCAUAAUAGGCAAGAACUUAAAAAAUCAAAGCUGGAAACGGGAAAGAAAUACGAAUGCGAAAAGUGUAAACUCAGCUAUAUAUUGAAAUCAAGUUUGGAUCGUCAUCAAAAAUUCGAAUGCUUAGUCCCGCCAAAAUUCGUAUGUAAAUUUUGCAAGAAAAGAUUUACACAGAAUAGUAGCCUGAAUACCCAUAUAGGUCGUGCGCAUCAGAAAGAAAAGAAAUCGGGAUUGAUACGUAAAGGCGAUAAGAUAAAUUUUGCUCAAUUUUUGGAUGAAGAUACCAUAGUCCAGAAAGGGAAUGAAACAAAUGAUUCAAAGUUUUGUACUGUGUAUAUUAGAGGAGAUGAUAUUUUGGAGGUUAAGCCCAAACUGGAGACCCUAAAGGAGGCAAUUCAGAGUCCAGAUCUGGAAAGGAAGCAUACAUGCGAAAAGUGUGCCCGCAGCUAUAAAUGGAAAACUCAUUUGAAUCAACAUCUAAAAUACGAUUGCGACGUCAAACCCCAGUUCGAAUGUAAAUUCUGCGGCAAAAAAUUCAGACGGAAUAAUAUGUUGAAUAUCCAUAUAGCUCGCUUGCAUCAAAAAUCAAACUCAGAUAAAUCUUCAGCUGUACAUAAAUGCGAUAAAUGUCCUCGAACUUAUACUUGGUACAAUGCUUUAAGUCGACAUAAGCGUUUAGAACACGCAACAGUCAAACCAGAAUUUGUGUGCGACUAUUGUGGUUAUAGCACAAAUCGAAAAAGUAGCUUGACAAGACACAUUAUUAAACAACAUAUAGAAUAAUAAUAACCAAUACAAUACAUUAAACUUCAGGACAUUUCUAACAUUGUUUGAAAAUCGCUCGUUUGAUUUAAGGGAAUCUGUAUUAUCACCAGAGUUAGUUACCGUGGAAAUAAAAAUCAAUACUAUUGAUCAAGUUAACCCUUCAAAUAACAGAAAUAGUUAAUGUCAUUCCUGACUAGAUGAAAAAUAUUUUUUUAAGGGCAUGUGGCUCUUCUUCAUGUGCUUAAUCGGGUUCAAUUCCCCCGGGUUUUUUGUCCACAAAAAUUAAAAAUUUUAAAAACUGAAUUACGAGAUGCUAUAUAAUAUUAUGACGGAAAUCCCCGAUUUUUUAGGAAUAAUAACAAAAAAAUCUAUUCUGCUAAAUAAAAAUUGUAUGCAUGUGCCCUAGUUUAAAGUUUGGAUCGAUUUCCAAGUUUUUACCAUUCCGAUAAUGUAGGUCUCUGUCGCACCCAUGAUGUCGGUAGCCACUUAGAAAUUAUUUAUGAAAUACAUUUUUUUAAUUGUUUACAAACAAAAUUCGUUCUGUGGACAUUCGUUAAUAUAUUUUUUGCUUGUUUCAAGUUCUCGGCCAGAAAUAUUGUGUAAAACUGGUGAGAAUUGUAACGCACAUAAUCUAAAAAUACAAAUACAUUAAUCAAAUGUAGCCAAAUUAAUUUUUUUUUAUUAUUCUACAAACAAAGAGUUCGUUUCAAAUUUUAAAGACGAAAUCUUUAUUAUUCUAGGAAAAAGGUCGAGGGAACCUAACACUGGUAAGAUCUGUAAUUUUCUAAGUCUCACAUGCCCUUAAUUUUAAAAUUAAAUUUUUUCUGAAAAAAUAUCUACCCACUUCGCCCCACUGGGAAUCGAACCACAUAAAUUCCGAUUUCCGGUUGGGUGCUUUUCUAAUUAAGCUAUUAGAGAAGUUCUGUGGUUUGAUUCCCAAUGAAGCGAAGUUAGUAGAUCUUUUUUCAGAAAAAAUAAAAUUUGAAACUCUAUUUUGAAUUAUAUUUAAUGUUUAUUACUUUCCUUAAAAAUAGAAUUUGUUAUUAUGCGUUGUGCUCAGUAGGAAAAAACUAGAAUUAAAAGGUAUGCAUUAAUU